GUAAUCGCUGAGUGGACGCUGUUUUGUAAAAUUACUAUUAAUAAUUAUAUUUUAGUUUGUAAAAUCCGUGAUUAUUAUUGUUAUAUUUGACAUUUAUUAUAUUUUCGAAGUUCGGUGAUUCUAUUGUUCACAUAAGUUAAGUGAAACAGCGAUACCAUUUUAGCCUGAAAAGGGGCAGUAAACGGUAAAGCGUUCAGAAUGUUAUAUUCGUAUCGAAUACCUAUUUAAGGCACAUAAUUAGAACGUGCAUUGCGAUACAUAUGUGCAUACUUAGCACGGUUCUAUGCAAUUAGUGAGUCAGAUAGUUGUUUGUGUUAAAAACACCAUUAAAUUGUUAUCAGUGCUUGCUUUAAGCCGAGUGGUACUUGGCGUUGAUUCACCCGACUUCAUUCGUCUCUCCUCCGGAUGUGAUUUGUCGACGGAAAAAUGUGCUAUCAUAUUUGUUAGUAGCGCAGUGCUGUGGUCGUAACAGUUUGUUUCCUUCGUAUGUAGUUAGCGGAUGGGUUAUGUAAAUUUUUAUUCGCGUGUAUUCUAUUGAAUAAACUCGAGAGGUUUAAAUAUUCAAGUGAUAGUGAUCACGAUGGCAUCAGUUUCGGAAUCACCGUUAAAUAGAUCAAGAAAUAGGCCAGUGUUGUCUCGAUACAAGCCAGUCAAUGAUAGUUCUGAUCAGUUGCAGAGUAAGCGCGAGCUGUUCUUCAAAUCGGAUACUGUGAGCGGCGGCGGGGUGAGCGCCACGGGUCUGCCAAAUGCUGCGCCGCCUGUGCCGCCGAUGGCACCUUCGGCCCUCAAAGACGCCCUAGCUAAGCGCUCUGCCACACUCCCUGAUCCAACAGAAAGUAGUCACCACGAGCCCAACGGCACCGCUGCAGUGAAGCUCAGCAACAGCGUAUCUGUGGACGUUGGGAAGACAUCGUCUAUGCCUCCACAAAUGCCCGCGCCUCCAGUACCCACAACUGCACCGCCACCCGUCAAUGCUCCGCUCAGGAGUACAGAGAAUAUAAUGAAGAAAUCUGACCACCCACCAGUUGCACCAAAACCAGAUCUACCUAAGAUAGAGAAACCAAAAACCAAAGAAUUAGACGGAUAUGUUGGAUUCGCGAAUCUACCAAACCAAGUGUACAGGAAAGCGGUCAAAAAAGGGUUCGAAUUUACGUUAAUGGUUGUCGGUGAGACGGGUUUGGGCAAAUCGACGUUAAUAAACUCCUUGUUCCUAACGGAUGUUUAUGAUAAAGAUAAACAUCCAGGACCAUCGCUACGUGUUAAAAAGACAGUGGGCGUUGAGACAAGCGUGGUCAUUCUAAAAGAGAAUGGCGUCAACCUCACUCUCACAAUUGUCGACACGCCUGGCUUCGGAGACGCAGUCGACAAUAGUAAUUGCUGGCAACCGAUAAUCGAUUUCGUUGAAUCGAAAUAUGAGGAAUUCUUGAACGCAGAGUCACGGGUGACUCGUAAAGCCGCUCCGCCUGAUACGCGAGUCCAUUGCUGCCUGUACUUCAUAGCACCAAGCGGUCAUGGACUCAAACCGCUCGAUGUAGAGUUCAUGCAGCGACUUGGCGAUAAAGUCAACAUUAUACCCGUUAUCGCCAAGGCCGAUACGAUGACGCCCGAAGAAUGCAAGGAUUUCAAGGAACAAAUCCUGAAGGAGAUCGCGCAGCACAAGAUCAAGAUCUACGAGUUCCCGGAGGGCGCGGGCGACGAGGGCGAGGCGGCGCCGCGCGCGCUGCGGGCGCGCGUGCCGUUCGCGGUGGUCGGCGCCAACUCCGUCAUCGAGCUGGACGGGCGGCGCGUGCGCGGCCGCAAGUACCCCUGGGGCGUGGCCGAAGUUGAAAAUUUGGAGCACUGCGACUUUUUGGCACUCCGCAACAUGGUGAUCAGGACGCACCUUCAGGACCUGAAGGACGUGACCAGCUCCGUGCACUACGAGAACUACCGCUGCCGCAAGCUGGCCGGCCUCUCGCACGACGGGAAACCUCACCGGAUUAACUCCAACAAGAAUCCAUUGGCUCAGAUGGAAGAGGAGAAGAGAGAACAUGAUCUUAAAAUGAAGAAGAUGGAGAGUGACAUGGAGCAGGUGUUCGAGCUGAAGGUGCGCGAGAAGCGCGCCAAGCUGAAGGAGUCGGAGACGGAGCUGGCGCGGCGGCACGAGUCCACGCGGCGCGCGCUCGAGGCGCAGGCGCGCGAGCUGGAGGAGCGCCAGCGGGCGCUGCUCGCCGACCAGGCCGCCUGGGAGCGCGACACCGGCCUCUCGCUCGACGACCUGCGCCGCCGCUCGCUCGAGGCCAACAGCAAGGAGACGGUCGACGGCAAGGAUAAGAAGGAUAAGAAAAAGAAAGAUUGGUCAUUUAAGAAUGUCACAUCAGGAAUGUAUACGUAAAGUAUGAAGAACUAAUUAUUUAUUAACAUUGUAAAACUAUAUAAUAUAGACCAAUGGUUUGUAAACUCUGAAACAACGAUAAUAAAAGACUAAUAAUAUUAUAUCAAACAUUCGAUACCGAAUUUAUACAUUAUUUUGUUUUAUCUGUAUUUACUAUUUACAUGAGAAUAUAUCCAUGACAAAGCAUUUAUUUUUUAUAAGUGGGGCCUAAUUUUUGUGUGUUCUUAUUUCGAAAAUUUUUGACAUAUUUUGAUUGACAUAAAACGUUUGCGAAGUUCGUUAUAACAGCACAAUCGAUUCGGCUUGAGACGCGUCUCGUUCGUCCACGAAGUUGCCAAAGUAGCUUGUAAUAACAAUCUGCUUUAAACGUAAAAUCUCUUUAAUGUUUCGUCGUUUAAAAUCGAUAAUUAUAAACGUAAUUUUGUACGAAUUGACUAUUAACGCUCAAAAUCUUUGUGAAUUAAGUAUAGGCACUAUUCUCAUUAUCGCUAACCGUAGCAUACUUUAAUAAUGCUAGCGAACAAUAUUCCGUUUUAAAAUUUUUUUAAUAAUAGAUGUUACGCAUUGUAGUUUAACGAGAUACUAGAAACACCAAUACAUUUUAAUGAUUAUUAGAUAUUUUUUACAUUCUUUAUAACGUUACAACGUUCAGCUUGUUUGGUGCGUUCGGAGGGGAGGCACGGCGCUCCGAGUAUACCGCGGUAUAUGGCGCUUAGUGAUAUUCAUAUGCUCAUAGAUCGUGUGAGUUAGCGUUAGCUAGGCGUUAGUCUUAUGUCUUAUAUCUAAGGGAUCGAAGGUUGGACACCGCUAGCAGACACGCUGCCCUUUUUUUUCUAUUAAUUGAUUAUACGUAGUUUGUAUGUAAAAUAAUUUAAUCGGACUCCUAUCCUGUUAUGACUCGAUUACGUUACUGCAUAUUAAUCACUUGAAAUAUAUAUUCAACACAUACAUAUAUAUUACCUGUAAAUAAUUUCGUUUAAGGUCAUUAUCCUAUAUAAAUAUAUUCGAUCAAGUUACUGUACUAAUCGAAAGUUCGUUACACACGUUAAAUGCAUAAUCUUAAUUUUAAUCAAGAUGCCAUCGUUAAAUUUGUAUUAUUUCCUUACGCCACAGUAUUGAUUUCCGUGUUGAUUAGGUAUUUAGUGUUAAGUGUAUGCUUAAUUUUGUAUUUUGUGUCGAACUGCGAGUCGCGACCGACAUUACCGAGCGAUCAUUUGUCUGCCCACGAGGGACGAUGUCGGAGGGCAAGGUUGAAACGAUGUAAUAUAUUGUACCUUUGAAUAAAUAUAAAUAAAUACGUAAUAUAUAGGAAA